CGCUCCAUUCUACUCGACGGCGCCCUGGCAAGGGAUACCCUCAUCGCGAGUAACGUACGACUCGUCGUUAGUAUCGCCAAGAAGUGGGCCAAGAACGCACACAAGGCGGCGCGGGAAACCGUACAGGAAGGCAUCCUGGGAUUGGCCAAGGCCGCCGACCGCUACGAUCCCGAACGUGGAUUGCGAUUCGCCACCUACGCCACUUACUGGGUCACCAAUUCCGUACGCUUCUGCUUCCAAACCGCAUCCACCGGAUGUUUGCGGGUACCGGUAGGAUUCCAUGACACCAAGACCAAAUUCAAACGACUCGUCAAGGAAUACUACGACGAAUUCGGUGACGCACCGGGAAUCGACGAUUUGGCCGAACAAAUGGGCUUGACCCGGCCCCGGCUGGAAGUGAUUCUCCGAUCCACCCGGCCCCUGGUAUCCAUCGACGCCCCCUUGCGCACCGGCGCCGUCACACAGGCCGGCAAGGCGGGCAACGACGUCUCACAAACCAACCUCCUGCUGGCCGACUUGCUCACGGACGAACAAGCCCUGCCACCGGAAGAUUUGGUCGAACUCUCCUUUCUGCGACAGAAUCUGGAAAACGCCAUGGCCACCGAGCUGGCACCCCACGAACGCGACGUCCUGCGCUUGCGACUCGGACUC